AUGCCAGAUCUCGAGAAAGAGAUUGAAGCCACGGCAUCACCUACUAAUUCCACCGCGGUUUCGUCGGAUCGAGAUGACAACUAUGCAUUCUAUCGCCAGCAUCAAGAUAUCGAGUACACGCCUGAAGAGGCGAAGAAGACCUUGAGGAAGAUUGAUCGCCAGUUGAUUCCGCUGUUAUUCGUCAUAUAUAUGAUUCAGUAUCUGGAUAAAAAUAGUAUCAAUUUCGCGUCCGUCUAUGGCCUCAAGGCGGGGACGCAUCUUACGGGACAAGAUUAUUCAUGGCUCAGUUCGAUCUUCUACUUCGGCUACCUAAUCGCACAAUGGCCAGCCGGAUUAGCCUUUCAGAAGCUACCGGUCGGCAAAUUCCUAGCAUGGACAACAAUCGUAUGGGGUGGUCUCCUCAUGACAACCCCGGCAUGCCACAACUUCGCCGGAAUAGCCAUAAAUCGCUUCCUCCUCGGUCUCGUCGAAGCGGUCGUCAACCCCGGCUUCAUACUCCUAAUGAGCAUGUGGUAUACUUCGAAAGAGCAGCCCCUACGCCUGGAAGCGUACUACUGCACGAAUGGAAUCGCGACCAUGUUCGGCGGACUUAUUGGCUACGCUGUCGGACAUAUCCAAAGCGCCCUCCCUCGAUGGAUGUACGUAUUCCUUAUCUUCGGUGCCUUUUCAAUCGUCACUGGUAUCUUCGCGCUGUGGCUUCUACCGGAUCUUCCCUCAACCGCCAAGUUCCUUACCGAGCGACAAAGGGUCAUUGCUGUUGAUCGCGUUGCGGUUAACCAACAGGGUGUGAAAAACCAUCAGUUUAAGUGGUAUCAAGUGUGGCAGGCUGCUCGGGAUCCGAAGACCUGGCUUUUAUUUGUUAUGGCCAUUGGGGCUCAGGUGCCGAAUUCGGCUUUGACGAGUUUCACGUCCAUUAUCGUCGGUACUUUCGGAUUCGAUACCCUCGGAACACAAUACCUCCAGAUCCCCGGCGGAGCAGUGAAUUUCUUGACUCUGAUAUCCGGAGGCUUUGUCGCAACGAAAUACAGCGAUAAAUUCCAUUCGAGAUUUGCGUGCAUGGUUGUCGCCAAUACAGUCUGCAUCCUCGGUUCGGGGUUAUUAGUCGGUCUUCCGGACUCGAAUAAGUGGGGUCGUCUCGUCGCACUUUGGUUAUGCUAUUUCCAGGGAUUGGGCUUCAGUAUGAGUUUGACUAUAGUCAGCUCGAAUGUUGCGGGAUAUACUAAGAAGCAGGUCACGGGUGCCUUGUUAUUCACUGGGUACUGCGUUGGCAAUAUUAUUGGGCCGCAGACUUUUAAGGAAAGCGAGGCGCCAGGGUAUCAUAGUGCUUACACUGCGAUGCUUGCCGGGUAUUCGGUCAAGUUGACCGCUAUCCUUAUUCUUUAUGCCUAUAUGUACCUUGAGAACAAGCGACGGGAUCGCGCGGCACUUGGGGUUCAGGGGAGUGAAGAGGAUGGCAUUGAAAAUGGGAUGUUGGAUCAGACGGAGAUUGAUAACAAGGCGUUCCGAUAUGUGCUAUAA